UAAUCUAAAAAUAGUAACGCGAUUCCCACGCCGUAAGACUGUAAACAAAGCAUGGAUGAAUGUUAAACGCACAUUCAGCAAUUUGGGUCGAUUAUUUAGAUCUGGUAAUGCCAGAUCGUUACUGCCCACAAGUGAAGGCUGUAAACCAGUGGAGAUUAUGCGUAACUUUACAGUAUGUGUCGAAGGCAAUAUUGCAAGUGGGAAAACACGGUUGUUAGAGUAUUUCAAGCAGUACUCCAACAUUGUUGAGGUUUGCGUUGAGCCGACACAUAGAUGGCAGAAUGUGCAGGGACACAAUGCCCUGGCAGCAAUGUAUGAGGACCCAGCCAGAUGGGGGCCUAUCAUGCAGUCCUAUGUACAGCUCACCAUGCUGCAGCUGCACACCAAACCUCAGGUAACUCCAGUGAAGAUUAUGGAGCGGUCCUUGUACAGUGGCCGAUACUGCUUCAUUGAGAAUCUACGAAGGAGUGGAACCAUGUCCAGCCUUGACUACGUCGUGCUCGAUGAGUGGUUUCAGUGGAUGGUUACCUCCAUGAACGUCAAGGUUGACCUUAUAGUGUACUUGCGUACACAACCCGAGGUGCUACAGAAGAGAAUACUGGAACGUUGUCGGCCUGAAGAGCAGACUAUUCCAUUGCAAUAUCUCAAGGACCUGCACAAGCUGCAUGAGGAUUGGCUGGUACACCAGUCCAUAUUCAAACCUCCUGCUCCGGUGUUGGUGCUUGAUGCAAACCAGUCUUUGAUGGACAUGCAAAAGCAGUACGAAGAGGAAAAGUCAACAAUACUGUUUGGACUGGAAACCUCUUGAUAAUGCUCAGUGCUGGUCCUACUUGAAGAAUAUUACAUGCUUUAUAAAAUUCUGCUUGUUGUCAACAACAGUGAUUCAGACUCCAUGGUAAAGAAUGUAGUCAGCAGAAUACAGAGAACAACAUUUACUCGUUACAGAAACAUUGCGGCAGCUGUCAAUAACUCAAAAGAUUUUUAUAGGGAUCUUAUUGUUUUUUUAUCGGAACUUUAAGAAACUAAUUGGUUUUAUUUAAUCUUUUAAAAUUUACCAAAGAUAAUGCCUCUUUGCUGAUUUUGUUGGAUCAAAAUAAACACAAAAGAAAUUAAUUAAAAAAAAACAGUAACUGAACUUCAAACGCAAAAUUACUUUCGAAUUAAGUAUGUAUAGUUGACGAUUUUGAAAACAAUACCUUUCAGAUUUAGGUAAUGACCGUUUAUAUAAACCUGGUUUGUCAAAAUCUUGUUUGAUAUUUGUGAAGAAUAUGUAUUAGUCAAUGAAGCUUAAAGUAAACUUACGUUUGUGUGCAUUUCUUUAAAACAAUAUUAAUACAAAUUUCUUGUGUUAAAGAGUUACAUUAUGUGCAAGAAACAACUGCACUGAAGUUUUUAAUUUGCAAAGAUAAGUGAAUUAUUUAUGAUAAUAAUAUAUGUAAAUAACUGUAAUUUUUACUUGUAUUUUUGUUAGGUUUGCAACAAUGCAAAUAGUAAUGCUAAAAACAAUAACAGCAAAAACAGUCAAAUAAUUGCAUUUAUUUACAAAAAUCUGUCACUUUGCUACCUCAUCUAUUUUUGUAUUCAUAGAUUCGUAUGUUUUGACAUAGAGGUCACUGUCAACACUAUGUUAAUACAUGAAAUGAAUGUAAUGUAUAACAUAUCAAUGACAGUACUAACUUCUUUUGUAGAAUGAAGCAUUUCACAUGUAAAUAUAAAUACUGUGUCCAGGCAUGCGUUUACAUGAUUGUUCAUGAGUUUACAGAUGUUGAUUUUUAGAUCAGUGAGAGCUCGAGAUACUAAUUGAAAGUAAUGAGCAAUUUUUGAUAGUUGACCCAUCCAUCUUUGAUUAUGUAGUUAUUGCCCUAUAUUUCUACAUAUUCAUGAAGAUGAAAGAACAAUUUUAAAAUGGUUGAUUUCUCAUGUACAGUUAUGGCACUUGCCUUCCGUAAUUUGUCAAACAUAAAAUUAGGCAUGGUUUUUGUUUUUGUUGGAAAUUGUGCAUGUUACCUUCAGUUAAUUAUUAUCCUGAAUGAGUUUUUUUAUCACCAGGGUAUUUAUAAAAUAUUCCAGAAGCUCAGGUGGCUAAAGACAAUGUUCUCAUACCCUUUAUAUAUUUACCAGGGACCAUUCUGUGCUUUGAAUUGAUAUUUUUUUCUUAAACACGUACAUGCAUCAUAAACCAAUCUAUUCAUAAAAUCGUUUGAGUUAUACUACUAAUCCAUUUAUCAGUGUUUGUAUCUGCAAAAAGCUCUGGUUACGAUUAACAUGCAACAUCUUAAUAUGUCUGUUUCCACUAUAAGUAUUCCAUUGAAAUUUCACACACAUGUUUGAGUUUAUGUGAAGCCACUGACCAAGUUCCUGAAAUCUGACCUGCGCAUUAGUAUAAUUAUGCACCUUUUUGUGUUAAGAAAAGUGAGUAUUAGGUUUGCGUGCAAGUUGAAAUUCAGGUUAAAGUGUGUAUGCAACAAGUAUUUAUGACAGUAAAUACUACAGAUAUUCAAUUGAAAUUUCAAACUUCUCUUCAGGAGCAUCAAGCAAGGCCACUGACCAAACCCAUAAAUCUGAGCUGAACUUUUAGCAUAAUUUUGAAACUUUAUUUUACUUAGUCAGGUAAAUAUUUGAGUGGUUCAGCUCUUAUUUCAAGCUUACAGGCAUACCAAGCCUGGGUUUGCAUUUGGGACCAUUUUGCUCAAGAUCAAUCACAUUUGUUCUUAAAAUUGAUAUAAAGUUGGCACUUAAUUACUUCAGAUAGGAUGGAGAUGUCUUGCUGAUUUAGCAGGGCCAGGGAGAUCAAGGUCACUGUUACUUGAAUGAAAAAGAGCUUUAGCUCAAUUAAUUUGGAAGUAAAUUAUUUGAUUUUGUUGGAGGUAUUGUGGUGUCAUUGUGUUUGAAGGUACAUCUAGCGUACUUGCUGACCAAGAGGCGCAUUGCAAUUGGGUCAAAGUCACUUUUUCUAAAACUAAAAUGGUUACAGAUAAUAGCUUAUAGGGGCCUUUUCAAGUUUUGGUAAAUUGCCAAAAUUAAAAAAAAGAGUUUCAUAUUCGCAAAUUUUCGUUGUAGUUAUGAUAUUUGUAAGAAAACAGUAAUACUGAACAUUCACCAUGCUCUAAAAUAUCUAUUAUAUGCAUCCUUUGACGAUUUAAAAACCUGACAAUUGAAAAAUA